UCUUAUCAACUGUAAACCGCGGAAGAAGUUGGAAAGGAUGGUGACAUUGGCGUGAGACGUGCCAGGGUGAAUUUGUUGAUUUCUGCCAAAUCGGCAAAAACGAAAGCCACAAUGAACAUUAUUAACUCAGCGAUUGUCCGAUUUAGUGCACUGAACAUUUUGCGUGGCACUGUUGGAAAAUCCUCACCACUGCAUCCUUCCCUACAACAAACUUUGUGUAGAUGGUCACAUCUACAUGUCGGAAAGGAGCAGAGGGUCUGCUCCAGUGGAUUACCCUUCGCAAAACUCCAGGGUGGCCCGGUCUACAAGCAACCCACUUGGCACCAUCAGCAGAUCCGCACUGUGAAGAGAGGCACUGAAUACCAACCUAAAAACAUUAAACGUAAAAGAACCCAUGGCUGGUUGAAAAGGAUCAGCACACAAGGAGGAAUUGAAGUGAUUUUGAGAAGAAUGCUAAAAGGACGAAAAUCUCUCACUCACUGACAUUUAUGGCAACAUUCUGUUUUUUUUGUUGACUAUUUGGCAAAUUAUUUCAUUGUUUUCUGAAUGUCUGGUCACGUUGUUAAAUCAUAUAUUUUGGGUAUGAAACAAAUACCCCAAAAUGUGCAAUGAUUUCUUUCUCAUGUGUUAAUACAGACAAACAUGUAAAAUAAAACCAGCUGGUGUUUGAGAGAGAA